GGAAAGUGUGUGGGACAGAGGGAAAAGGAAAGGAAGUGGGAGAGUAAGGGUGUGAGUGAGGGUGGGGAGAGAGGUGUGAGAAUAGAGGAAGGGGAGAAGAGCGAAGGAGUGAAAGAGAGAAGUUUGAAGAGUAAAGAGA